GCUAUUAUAAUAAUGCAUUGCUACAAAGAUCUUAUUCCUAGGAAGGACAAGAAUGGCAACGUUCCUCUGCAAUUCUUGCUACUAGGACAUCAGCCUUCAAGAGUGGAAGUAGCCUGCCGUGGUGGAAGAAUAUUGUGUACUACUGUGUUCCUAUAAUCCAUAACGACGAAACUACAAUAUUGGAAUCGUUUCUAAAGAAGGUUGCAAAAAAAAAAGAAAAUGGAAAGAAAGAUAAAGGAAGUGAUGAUACUCAUUUCACGAUUUUGAAAAGAAAUUCCGAAUAAAAUCUUUAAAAAGCCUUCAUUCGAAUGGCCAACCUUAUCACUUUUGGACUUAAAAGAAAUAAGGACAAUUAAAAUGAAGCACACAUAUGGUGAUCAGCUCUUUAAAGAAUUUAAGAAAAAAGAUGUUGAUUCAUACAUGGGUAAUGAGGAUGAUGGAGAUGGUGACAAAAAAAAUGGUCAAGAUUAUCCCGAGCACCAUCAAAAGAGAGGUGAUACCACAACUCGAAAGACAAGUGAAAAUAAAAAACUCGAAGAUUCAAAAUACAUUGAUGAAAAAGAUACAACAUUAUUGGCAAUAGUUAAAAGUGACUUUGCAGAAAUUACGAAUGGGCUUGAUUAUAAAGUACCUAUUACAUCUGAUAAGAAAGGAUUAUUACUGGUAGCGAUGAAUUAUAUUAAAACUGAAGGGAAAAGCGAUGUAAAGGAUACUUCAUACUUGAUGGCAGCAAGUAAUGGAAUAACUGAGAUGAUGGAAGGGCUUCAAGAUUGGAUUCCGAGUGUGAUUUUUGAUACAAACUCUAAUAAUGAAAAUGUAUUGCUUUCGGCAGUAAAGAAUAGGCAAGCGCAUGUUAUUCAACAUUUGGAGAAGAAUUUAUCUCCUGAAGUAUUUCAUCACCUAAGUAUACAAUUUGAUAAAGAUAAGAAUACCAUGUUACACUUGGCCGCAUAUACAUCAUUUCAAAGAGAAAAUACUUGGAGGAUAUCUGGUGUUGCACUACAAAUGAUGUGGGACAUCAAAUGGUAUAAGUACCAGAGCAUUUCAAUAAUAGAAUCAACAAAGAUGAAAAGACCCCAAGUGAAAUAUUUAAGGAGCACCACAAAGAACUUUUACAAAAAAAGUGUUGACUGGAUGAAAGACACAACAGAGUCAUGCUCAGUAGUAGCAGCUCUCAUUGCUGGUGUCUCCUUUAAAACAUCCGGCAGUGUACCUGGUGGGAAUCAACAAUCAGGAGAACCAACAUUACAAGGACAACCUACAUUUGAAGGAUUCGCUAUAUCUUCCUUAAUUGGACUUUACUUCUCUGUCACUGCACUCAUCAUGUUCCUUUCUAUACUCACUUCUCGAAAAGAAAUUGAAGACUUUCAUAUAAACUUGCCAAUAAAGCUUCUUUUUUGCUUGAGUUCUCUCUUCGUAUCCAUUGUCUCUAUGUUCAUUUCAUUCUGUGCCGGACAUUUUAUUCUAUUUGUAUAUUUCCAUUUGUAUAUUUCCAUUUGCAUGCCAAUUGCCUUCUAUGCAGUUUUGCAGUUUCCGUUAUUCCUUGAUCUUGCUAAUGUUAUUCGGAAAAAGGUUCCACCAUCAAGCAUUAAGGGUGUUCUUCUAUAG